CCUGCAGCGUGCAUCGUUCUCGCUCAUUGAUUCGGUAACGAACCGGUCGGCACGCCGUGCUGUGACGCUAGUUCCGGGUCAGAAGCAAUGGCUGCGUGCGCGAGCUCCAUGAAUGCUGCGAAGUUGUUGCAGUUCAUCAGGUUUAUCGGGCAGCUGAAGAGAGUACCCCGAACAGGUUGGGUAUAUAGAAAUGUGAAAAAGCCAGAGAGUGUGUCAGACCAUAUGUAUCGGAUGGCUAUUAUGGCAUUCUUAAUUGAAGAUCAACAACUCAGCAAAGAAAGAUGCAUUAAAUUAGCCCUGGUUCAUGACAUGGCAGAGUGCAUUGUGGGGGACAUAGCACCAAAGGACAACAUUAGUAAAGAGGAAAAACAUAGAAGAGAAGAAGAGGCUAUGAAAUAUUUAACAGGACUCUUAAGCAAUGAGGCGGGAAGAGAGAUUCUGGAACUUUGGCAGGAAUAUGAAAACCAAUCAAGUAAUGAAGCCAAAUAUGUGAAAGAUCUAGAUCGACUUGAAAUGAUUGUACAAGCUUUUGAAUAUGAAGAGAUGGAAGAAAAGCCUGGCCACUUACAGGAAUUUUAUGAUUCAACAAAAGGAAAGUUUAAUCAUCCUGAAAUCCUUCAGCUGGUGGCGACAUUGAACAAAGUAAGGGAUUUUGGGAAGAAAAAAGCCUGCGACAAAGAUCUUUCAGGGGAACAACCUACCUAACUCAAAAAUCGCAGACUUCAUUCAGUACUCAGGUUGCAUGCCAAGGUCAAUAUUGGCACCUGGCUCACUAAAGCAUUCAGUUUCAAGAAGAACUGUGAGAAAACAAGAAUAUCUUAGAGAUCCAAUCGAUCAGCUUCUUUUUACAGUUGGGUCAAAAUUCAAUCAACAUUAUAUGGACUGCAAUCAAUCAGAAAUCAUUUAAAUGUUAGCACUUCAACUUAAUAAAUAAUCUUUUAAACUAA